AUGCACUAUUCAAUGCAAAUGUUAGGGCAUGGCCUUUGCUUAAACAGAGUGUUUGCGGUGUUUUUCCGAGUGCUUUGGAAAGUUCGGCAACUGACGAGGACUUCAAUUUCAAGACGACGGGCCGACAUUCGCCUAUCAAUCAUGUUAGUCACAACUCACCUCAUCACUAUUUGUUAUUUCAUUGGCAACUACAUCGUGAAUUACGUCUACACGUCAGAGCGACCGGUUUUCUAUUAUUUGGUGCUUGAAAUCACGCCUUUUAUCGUCCACUGUAUGCUCUGUUUUGUGGUGAUCAUCUUCAAUGUUGAAUACAAGAGAAAUGGAGGCACGACAAAGCUCUCCUCAAACACACCAAUUAAA